AUGGGAUCGGAGUGGCACUUGCACCUCGCCCUACUCCUCACCAUUUGGAGUAAAGGUGCAGUCAUCAUAGCUGUAGAGUUCAUUGACCUCCCACGUACUGUCAAGGUGGAUGAAAAUGUAACUUCAGGAGUUGUGGCCAGCUUCACUGUCAAUUGCACUACACCCUCAAGCAAUGGACUCAAUGUAACUCUGGAUAACAUCCUUCCCCCUACCACGUUUUUCAAUUCACCGAACGCCUUAGGCAAUGGCACUUUCCAGGUAACCCUUGGGCCAGGCACUACCCUGAAUGCCAGAGAGGUGAAUCAGUAUAUCUUGACAUUCACAGCAGUGUGCCCGGGAAAUGGCUCCGUUACUAGUUGGGUUUUCAUUCAAGUAAAAAAAGUAGACGAAUUACAGUGUGACAACACAUUUCUUAACACAGCUGCAAGACCAUUAGUAGUUCCUGAGAAUGUUGCUCCCGAAGCUGUCAUCUACACAGUCACACUGAAGAAGCGAGGCAGAGGCAAUUUGACAUUUGCCUUUGAAAAUGCGUCUGUGCCUUUCACCAUAAAUUCAGUAGGAGAAGUGUGUGCACCUGCCACAGGUUUCACUCGUACACAAGCUGAUAAGUUAUUCCAAAUAAAUAUUGUGGUCCGUGACAGUGAUGGGAGAAGCUGCUGCAGUUUUCUGGUGGUCCAAGUGCAGCCUGUUUACCACAACACAGUCAAUUUCACGGAGUCAUCGACAGCCGUUUCUGUGUUUGAAAACACAGGUCCCCUCCAAACUGUCACACAAGUCCAUGCCCAUGGAGAAGGGCGUGUGCUCUACCAGAUCAUAUAUCCAACUACAGUCUAUUUCACUAUUGACUCAGGUAAGGGGAAGAUUAAGAAUACAUACAACCUAGAUUUGGACCACAAUCCAGAGUUGGCCAACACCUUGAUGGUGGUGGAAGCCUACAAUAUGCUCCAUCCCACUGAUAGGGCCACCAUCACUGUCAACAUUACUGUACAACGCCGGAACCAGCAAGGGCCCGUGUGCCACCCUGCUAUUUAUGUGACUGAGAUUCCAGAGACUUCUCCCAUUGGGAUGACCUUGUCAACUCUGUCUUGUGUUGAUAAAGACAGUAACAACAGAAAUCUUCAGUACCAAAUGAAUACCCAGAUCCCACCCUAUAGUUUUCGUAUGGAACGUAAUGUGCUGCAGGUGAACACCACUUUGGAUUGUGACUCUGCAGCCAUAGUCAGUCUUGAAUUCCUGUACCAGGCCACCAUUCUGGUGACAGACAGUGGAAGCCCCCAACAAACCACCACAAUACCAGUGCUAGUGACAGUAAGCAGGGUGAAUGAAUACAAGCCAGAGUGCCCACGACAGUUCUCCUUCAGUGUACCAGAGAAUGCUGCCUUUGGAAAAUUUGUUGGCAAUGUCAAUGGCACUGAUCGAGACUAUCCCUUCAACAAAAUUGAAUACAGCAUCCUUGGAGCAGAAGAUGUUUUCUACGUUGGUCGUCACUCAGGAGAUCUGUAUGUAUUGGGUCCACUGGACUAUGAGAAGCGGAGAUCAUAUCUACUGACGAUCACCCUGAAGGAUCUAGACAAUGAUGUAAAUACACAACGACAGUACACAACAUCCUGUAACAUUACCAUAAAUGUACAGAAUGUGAAUGAUAUGGCUCCUGUGUGUGCACCAGACUUUGAGACACAUACCAUAUAUUCCACACUGGCCAGCAACACAAGCAUCAUGUCGCUGCAGUGCUUUGAUGAGGAGGAAGGAAAUCAACUGAUCUACACCAUUGUUGGCGGCAACACAAAUGGGCGAUUUCGCAUGGUGGACAAUAGAUUGUCCCAUAAUACAUUCUCCUAUAACCGUGAUGGCAUUUUUGACCCACUCAAUUAUGAGCUUCUGGUGAAAGUGACAGAUAGCCGUAGCACGCCUUGCUUUAGCACCACAGCAACCAUUAUCAUUCAUGUGAUCCCUUGGACAACUACAGUGCCUACUACUAUUAUUACUACUACGGUGGCAUCCAAGAAGCCCAUCAUUUCACACAGAACAGAGGAAUACUGGGCUCCAGAUCCCUGGUUUGUGGUGGUUCUUACAUUCACUGGAAUUCUUCUUCUCUCAGCCUUGGGCUUGUUGUUCUGGCGAUUCUGCUGUAGGAAGGUGCCAACAGAGACAUUUCAGCCCCUACUGCAGAACAGGGGCCAAAGGAUGGAAAGGAACUACAUUGUGACAGAAGAACCUAGCAAGGAAAAAGAGAAAGUUUCCGCUGAGGUGCUGAAUCUGCAGCACCACUUUGAUGGCCGUACUCAGGACCCUGUCACAGGCCAAUUUUACCUGUUCGACAGCAGCAGUGGAGCACGGCGCUGGGUGUGA